AGCGCCGGGAGGACCAGCCCCAGGUCGGGGUGGCCCAGGACAGAUCCGCCAGCCACUCCGCCAGAAACAGAGUCUGUGAUGAUGUCGGACUUUGCUAAAGAUGGAGUGUUUCAUGCACUGAAGAAAAUGGGGGAUGUGACACCCCCAAGUCAUGAGUUCCCACGAGGAGGAGCUCAUUGGCGUACUAAAGACUCUGUGAGUACUGUUUCUCACGUGGAUGCACCCAGCCAGCAGGACCAGGUCUCUCGCCUUACAGCUCAGAUGGAAAACACCUAUCAGUUAGGUCCCACCAAACAUUUUCCUGUGGUCACUGUCAAUAGUAUUUUGAAAGAUGUGCUAACUAACUAUCUGCAAGAAGAAGAGUACAGUCCAGAGCUCUGCAGACAGAUGACUAAGACGAUUUCUGAGGUUAUUAAAGCCCAAGUCAAGGAAUUAAUGAUUCCUCGAUAUAAACUGGUUGUGACUGUUCACAUCGGACAAUGCGAUGGCCAGAGCAUACUUAUUGGAAGCAGGUGCCUCUGGAACCCUAAAAGUGACACCGUUUCAUCCUAUGUUUUCAGAAAUUCUUCUCUCUUUGCCCUUGCAAAUGUCUAUGCAAUUUACUUUGAGUGA